GUCCGCAUCGGGGGUCGUUAAGGAGGCCAUCCGGAGUGUUGCGGCGGCCGUAGGCAGCCCGAUGGUCAGGUUGUGGAGGAACUCCAAACCCGACCUCGAGGAGAUGCGGAGAACCCUUGUCCUGCUGGAGGCCGGCUUGAGAGACGCCGAGCGGCGGUCCAGGGACGAGGAGGCGGUGCGUUUGUGGCUACAACAGGUCAAGGCCGUCGCUCGCGACAUCUCGGCGCUCUCGAACAGCCGCCGCCGCCGUCGUGGAAGGGUUUUUGCAAAACUUAGUUUGGUUAAGAAGAUAGAAAAGCUAAAGGAGAAACUGAAGGCAGUGGAAGAGAAACGCCAUAUAUUUGGUUUCACCUUCCAUAACAGCUCAACUAUUGAGGAUACAUAUGCUAAAAGGGAAACAAUAGCAUGUGUUGAUGAUGAAUUUACAAUUGUUGGUCGAUCAAGAGAGAAAGAGGAGAUAGUAAGGACUCUAUUGCAGUCCGAAAGUAAAACGACUAUUCUUCCCGUCCUUGGUCUUGGCGGAAUGGGUAAGACCACUUUGGCAAAACUAGUCUUCAGUGAUAGCAGAAUGCAAGAUUUUGAGAGGAGGGCAUGGGUACAUGUUUCCCAAAAGUUUAAUAUGCUAAGAAUAGUAAAAGCUGUUAUAUCUCAAUUUGAAGGGACUGCUGAUGGCUUUGAUGAUCUGCAGUCUCUGUACAAUCAACUAGAGAAAAUUUCUAGUGGCAAGAAGUGCUUAAUUGUGCUGGAUGACUUGUGCGAGAGUGACAUUGAACUGUUGCGCAAACUGAAAUUAAUGGCGAACUGUGGAAAAGAGAGGAGAAUGGUUAGGAUAAUUGUAGCAACUCGUAUUGAAGCAAUUGCACAUGAAUUGUCUACAGUUAGUCCUUAUAAAUUGAGGCCUUUAUCGAAUGAUGACUGUUGGAAUGUGUUCGAACAAAUUGCUUUUCAGUGGAAAAAUGAAGGAGAUCUGCAUGUGCUAGAAGCUAUUGGAAGAGACAUUGCUAUUAAGUGCAAAGGUUUACUCAUGGCAGCUCAUGCUGUUGGAUCCAUGCUUCAUAAUAAAAAUGUUGACUUUUGGAAAGCUGCCAGAGAUAGUAACACUUGGGAUCAAUGUUCUUCUCACAUCGAUGUCUUGCCGUCGUUGAGGUUGAGUUAUGAGCAUAUGCCAUCUUAUUUGAAAUCAUGCUUUGCCUACUGUGCCAUUUUCCAAAAAGGUUCCACCAUAGACAAGGACAAACUAAUUCAACAGUGGAUGGCUCUUGACUUCGUUAAACCAUCCCUACCAACCUUGUCUCCCAAAGCACAAGCAGAGGAAUAUCUAACAGAGCUUUUGGCAAUAUCUCUUCUUCAAAACUCAGUAUCUUCCAUGGUGAUUUUCAAGCGUGUCUGGGUGUGUAUGAAGGCAUCCAUGCUCGUGUGUGUACUUGACAUACAAUUUUGCACACUUUUACGUACUUUCAACCAUUUAUAAUAUCUAAUAAGUCAUAGCUCACUACAGAUGAGUUUCCAUUUCUGAUAAUGGGUGGUGGAGUUUGUACUAUUUAAUAUUGUUUCAUCCAGUAAAAACAAACUUGGUUCAACCUUCACCUGAU